AUGAUAUCUAUGAAAAGGACGGCACGUGAUGAGGUAGAUUGUAAAUCUAGGACUCGUAGACAUUCAAAGAAAUCAAAGUCAACUGAUUGUCCUUCCACAAAGGCGUCAGGAAUUAAUAUCGGUUUAGACAAGUCAAAUCAAACGUGUAGCGUUAAGAAGGAAUAUUCCAAGAAUGAAAAGCUUGGUCGUAAAUCAAAAAAGAGGAUCUUACAAAAAUCUAUUUCUGAGACCAAAGAGCUAACACAUGGGACACCAAAGUUGUUGCUUACCAGUCUACCAUGCAGUGUCAGCCAAACCAUUUUGAAGGAUAUUUUUCCAUCAGUUAUUCAUUUGAAUUUGCGUAAUACAGCUGGUUCGAAGCACGCGCUUUUAGACUUUUCAAGUAAUGACGAUUACUUAGAUGCUGUGAAUCGUUUAAAAUCAAUUGAAUUUGAUGGUGUCAAACCAAAUUAUCGAGCCAUCGUUGGAUUCACAGAAAAUGUAAUCCAGUCUAAUCUGUCAAGACAAUUUGUAACUAAUAGUCCUAAUUGUUUAAUCAUACGAAACUUGCCAUACUCACUAACUGCAACUGAGAUUAAAGAACAUUUCCCCAUGGCCAAUCGUGUUCAUUUAGGUGUAAAUAAGUUUGGAAUAUUCAAUGGUUCAUGUAUAUUAGAAAUGAAGAAUAAGGAAGAUCUUCAAAUUCUUAUAAAUGAAUGUAAACAUAAGUAUAUUAAUAAUCGACUGGUUAGAGCAAAUCUACAGUGUAAAUCCAAAUCGGAAUCAUCCAAAUCUCCCGAUGCAAGUAUGAGUUAUGGUUUGAAACUUAAAGAAGUACCCAAUGUGAUUGAAGAUGAUCGAAUUAAAGCAUUAUUUCCCGAAACAUCUUUGACUGGUUUAAGCUCGGCACCACUUAAAGAUUCCAAUACUAGAAAUGUGUUCAUCUUCUUCAAAAAGAGUGCCCAGCGUAAAGCGGCUUUUAAGAUGUUCAAGAAUGAAGUUAUCAUGGGUUAUCCAAUUUCCUGUCGAUUAUGGGUUCCUACUAAUCGAAGGCAUAAAUCACAAACAAAGAAUAUAGAGGAGAAAGUGAACGAUACAGUUCUAAAUUAUAACUUACCCAAGUCAAAUGAACUCGGUCAGAAUGAAAUAAAAUGGAAUAUGGAAAAAUGUAGGAAUAUGUUUUCAUCCUUUCCCAAGAAGUUAGUAUUUGAAUCUGAUGGUGAAUAA